AUGAGCUCGAGAUUAUUACUGGUAGUUUGUGCCAUUUCUUAUGUGCUUGUGUGCUCGGCGGCUACGCCCCCAGCAUCGGGUGCAGUCUAUGGAGUUGGCGGGGGGCUCUUGUCUGUCCCGUCUAAUGACUCCCUUGCUCGCUGCCCUUCCACUUGUGGGAGCGCGAACAUCUCUUACCCAUUUGGAAUAGGGGCUGGGUGCUUCCGGCAAGGCUUCGAGGUCACCUGCGACAACAGCACCCAUCGUCCUAAGCUCUUCCUGGGCAACAGUACGACCGAGAUCACACAAACGGGUUUCUAUGAUGUACGUGUCUCCCCUGGCUUCAACGUUACCAUAACUCCAGGUACGAGUGUCUACAGCAUGUCCUGGGAGUCUCCUGCUAAGGGUUUCAACAUUAGUGAUUACAAUAAUUUGUAUGUUGUUGGCUGCGGGGUCGAGGUCUACCUGUUUGACAUUGAUACAAACCGGACCGUCGGUGUUUGCAUUAGCAAGUGCAUAGGCGACAGAAAAAUCAUGGAAAGAGAAUUAGCAAGUGCUUAUGAUUGUAAUGGAUUGGGCUGCUGCAAAAUCAGUUUCUAUGCGUUGGAAGGUGCAGGGCUAAGAGGCUUUAGGCUCAAGCUAGUUCACCGUGAUAGCAUCACGGUGCCCUCCACCGUCAAGAUUCUCGUAGCGGAAUACUAUGAAUUUGAUUCAAAUGAUCUUUACUCAAGUUGGAUAAAUACAAGCAAUAUUGACUAUAAUACGUUGCUUGACUUUGCUGUCGUUGACCAGCCAAGCUGUGAAAUAGCCUCCACAAACAAGACAAGUUAUGCUUGUGAUACUAACAGCCUCUGCAGAAAUGCAUCAUUCAAAGGCUACUCCUGCUACUGCAAAAAUCGUGUUGGCAACCCCUACGUUCUAGACGGUUGCAUCGAAGGUUACAACCCCAAUCCUAAAAGAAACUGUAGGAGGACAUGUGGAAACUUGCCCAUUCCAUACCCUUUUGGGCUUGAAGAAGGCUGCUUUGCAAACAAGAAAUUUCUACUUAGCUGUGCAUCAGACAAUACUACCAUUAUCGCCAGAGGUAGAACAAAAUUUCAUGUGUCUAAGGUAUCAGUGAACGAAGGGUACCUGACUGUUAGCAAUAUGCUCAAUGGGACCAGCCAAGACGAGGACAAAUUGGUCAUAAUUCAAACUAAUGAGCCGUACCGCCUAGGGGACGACACGGAAGAUCAGUUUGAGUUCUCUGAAGAAUUUGACAUGAAUAUGAAAUGGGCGAUUGCCAAUCUAACGUGCCAAGAAGCCUCCCAGAAGAGAGCGACAUAUGCGUGCGUCAGCACCAACAGUGAAUGCCGUAAUGUCUCGCGCGGGAAGAUACCUCUUGGAUAUCGUUGCAAGUGCUCUGAAGGAUUUGAUGGAAAUCCAUACGUCAAAGGCGAAUUAGAUGGCUGCAGAGACAUUGACAAGUGCUUACAGCCAAAUUCAUGUAAUGGAAUAUGCAUAAAUUAUCCUGGGGGCUAUAAUUGCACCAAAUGUCCACAAGGUAAGGAGUUUGACCAGACAAAAAGAAGAUGCAUUACAUCAGCUAAGAAGCACAAUCUUUUCGUAGGUGUUGCGGUUGGAAUCAGUUGUAGCCUUGGCUCAAUAUGGAAUCUUGCAUUUUGUGCAACUAUGCUUGCCAGUAAGUGGAAGAAAGGUAUCCAGAAGAGAGUCCGAAGAGCAUAUUUUAAGAAAAACCAAGGGCUACUGUUAGAGCAACUAAUCUUUGAUGAAAGUGCUACAAACAAAACAAAGAUUUUUUCCUUGGACGAAUUAGAGGAGGCGACCAACAACUUUGAUGCUACACGUGUUCUUGGUCGUGGAGGACAUGGCACAGUUUACAAAGGGAUUCUAUCUGACCAGCGUGUGGUGGCAAUUAAAAAAUCAAAAAUUGUAGAACAAACAGAGAUAGAUCAGUUUAUCAAUGAGGUUGCUAUAUUGUCUCAAAUUAUCCACCGCAAUGUGGUGAAGUUGUUCGGUUGUUGCCUUGAAUCCGAGGUACCAUUGUUGGUAUAUGAGUUCAUAUCUAAUGGAACGUUAUACGACCUCCAUACCGAAGUAAGUGCCAAAUGCUUGUUGUCAUGGGAUGAUCGUAUUAGGAUUGCUGUAGAAGCAGCAGGGGCACUUGCUUAUCUACACUCAGCUACUGUAAUACCAAUUUUUCAUAGAGACAUAAAGUCUUCUAACAUACUCUUGGAUGACGGCUUCACUACAAAGGUUUCUGAUUUUGGUGCUUCGAGAUCUGUUUCACUUGAUGAGACACAUGUGGUAACAAUUGUCCAAGGCACAUUUGGCUAUCUAGAUCCAGAUUACUAUCAUACUGGACAACUAACCGAAAAGAGUGAUGUAUAUAGUUUUGGGGUGAUACUUGUACUUUUGACAAGAAAGAAACCUAUUUUUAUCAAUGAUGAAGGUGCAAAACAGAGCUUGUCUCAUUAUUUCGUUGAAGGGCUUCAAGAGGGAUCUUUCAUCGAAAUAAUGGAUCCGCGGGUUGUUGAAGAGGCAAAUAAGGAAGAGAUCAAUGAUAUUGCCUCACUUACAGAGGUAUGCUUGAAACCUAGAGGAGGAGAUAGGCCUACUAUGAAAAAAGUCGAGAUGAGGCUGCAGUUCCUGAGAACCAAGAGGUUAAAAAAAUUCCAACUUCCUACAGGAAGUGAUGAAGAGAUUAAGGAACUUAUAUGCCAAGAGUCUAGUAAAUCUCAUGCACAGAACAACUCUGGCAAUGUUGGUGAUUCAACAUCUGAAGGAAUUCAAGGAAAGUCUAGUAGCUACAGGCUAGAACAAGAAUUUUCAUCCUCAAUCAAUAUCCCACGCUAA